GGAGGCAGUAUUUAGCGAGAGACCAGAGGUUGUGAUAGGAAACAAGCGUACCUCCGUGGUUCGUCUUUUGUUUUCCUUUCCUUUUUUAUUUCGAUUUUAUUUUCAUUUUUUGUGCCGCAGAUUGGUUUUUAUUACUGCAGAAUAAGCCGAAAUAUUGUUUGUAAACCACCAAGCCACUUUUUAUUUCUGUCCAGCGGCUGCAUUGAAUUAGACGGAAUUACAGCUGCAAUCUUUGCCUGCGAUGAAAGGGACUGAAUGAAUUUCGAUACUUUCCCCUGUGGCCGCCGCAAGCAUACACGCAGGAUGGGAAACAACGACCCCCUGUAAAUGCAUGGUCUUUUGUGUUACCGAGGAUCAUUAAAAAAGGGCAAACGAACAUUAAUUCAGUAUUUUUAGAGAUUGCGCUUUUUGUAUUUUUGCCAGUCAUUUAUUCGAUCGGCGAGGGCUAUGAAGAAUGUUUUUUAAAAAUGAGGAAGCUGUUUUUGAAAGAGAUGUUAAAAUGCACAGGCCCGGCGUGCUGUAGGCCCGGAGGAUCCGGAUUAAAAAGGGGGGAAAGUGUGAAAAGCGGUUGCAUGAAUAAAAGGGGACGGGACACGUGAGAGGAGAGAGGGAUCGCUGUUUGCUCCAUGACGGCGGCCGUGCGGCGUCCCAGUCCUUCCCAACUAAAGUACUUCGGCAUCUUUAAAGCUGUACAUUAAACCUCUGAGAUUUCUUCGCAAAACAAAAGAAGUGUCCUUUUAUGGGGCUUCCUGUUCACUUCUGCCGACCGACUCCCUGCGUUUGUAACUUUGCUUUUUAAUUGCAUUUCUGUCCCUGGACUUAGCGGCGACUGUUCAAUGGAAGUAUGCUAUCAGUUGCCGGUUCUGCCCCUGGAUCGGCCGGUUCCCAAGCAUGUCCUUAGCCGGAGGGGAGCCAUCAGCUUCAGCUCAUCCUCGUCUCUCUUCGGGGGCCCCGAUCCCAGGAAACUGUCACAGAGACGGGGCGGCAUCUCCUAUGACAGCUCCGACCAGACGGCGCUCUACAUCCGCAUGCUCGGAGAUGUGAGAAUCAGAAGCCGGGUGGGUUUCGAACCAGAACCGAGAUGCUCUCAUCCGUACCUGCUUGUGGACUUCCGGCUUCUGCACUGCCGACCCGGGUGUGCGGGGCCUGUUUCAGCCCGGGGUGUCCGCAGGCUGCUGAGCUUCCAGAGGUACCGUCAUCCGCCGCGGUCUGCCUGCCGCCAGCCGAACCAGAGCCAGCUAUGCGUCCUAGAUCAGGACUACGUCGGCCAAGCUAAGUGCAUGCUGGGAAAGGCCGGAAGUUGGAGCUUUGACAUAUUUCUCUUCGACCGAUUAACAAACGGGAAUAGCCUCGUCGUCUUGACGGCUCAUCUGUUCAACCAUUAUGGAUUAAUUGAGCUCUUCCAGUUAGACAUGGUCAAGCUUCACAGAUUUCUAGUGAUGAUUCAGGAGGACUACCACAGUCAGAACCCGUACCACAAUGCCGUGCAUGCCGCCGACGUGACCCAGGCCAUGUACUGUUACCUGCAAGAGCCUAAGCUCGUCUCCUCUCUCACGUCAUUCGACAUCCUUCUGGGGCUCCUGGCUGCUGCCACCCAUGACCUCGACCACCCUGGGGUCAAUCAGCCAUUCCUCGUCAAGACGCAGCACUACCUGGCAGCCUUGUAUCAGAACUGCUCUGUUCUUGAGAACCAUCACUGGAGGUCGGCAGUGGGUCUGCUCCGUCAGUCCGGGCUGCUGGACCACCUGCCAGCCGAGGACAGGCAGAGCUUAGAGAGACGAUUGGGAUCCCUGAUUCUAGCCACUGACAUCAACCGUCAAAAUGAGUACCUGUCCCAGUUCAGGAGCCACCUGGACCGUGACGACCUCAAUCUGGAGAAUUCAGCCCAUCGGCACCUCAUCCUCCAGAUGGCGUUGAAGUGCGCCGAUAUCUGCAACCCCUGCAGGCCCUGGGAGCUCAGCAAGCAGUGGAGUGAGAAGGUCACUCACGAGUUCUUCCAGCAGGGUGACGUAGAAAAGAAACACAAUCUCGAAGUCAGCCCAUUUUGUGACAGCCAGUCAAACACAAUCGCCGAUAUCCAGACUGGGUUCAUGUCCUAUGUAGUGGAACCGCUGUUCGGCGAGUGGGCCCGAUUCUCCAACACACAGCUUAGCCGCGCCAUGCUACGCCACCUGGACCUGAACAAGGCCCACUGGACAGAUGAAAUGGACCCCAAACAAAACCCUCAGGGAAACCAAGGGUCAUGACCCCACACCACACACACACACACACACACACACACACACACAGACUCGGCCAAUCACUGGGGAGGAGUUAUCCAUGUAGCACUGAUCAGCCACUAUAAGAAUCCAGAGGAAUGGCUUUGUCAUAAAUGUUCAACUCCCAGCUCUGUAAAACACUGAUUUAUUUAUUAAUUUUAACCCAUGUCCUUUACAUAGAGCAAUACAUAAAUACCUCAUGUUUCAUCUGCUGUAUUUUAAUUUUUAAUAUUUUUAAUUUAUUUUUACAGUUUGUAAUACUAACAUGCCAUUCUAUGAAUGAAGACCUAAGGGAACACAGUGCCCCCUGCUGGUAGAAGUGCCAUUUCCAAAUCAUUUGUUCAAUCCACACAGAGUCAUUUGAAACACUGAGUAUUGAGCACAGGCUUAAGCCUACCCUUUCUUCUUCCUCUUAGAAAAAAAAAUGUGAAAAGCCCUUUUUCUGCUGCCUCCUAAGGUUGUUUUGACUUUCAUUGUUUUGCCUUGGGAUUUCUGCAACGUGCCAUGGAGGGCAAUGGUGAGGGUCCUUCGAUAUGGGCAGCCUGCAGAGAGACUAGUCAAGGCGGCUUGAUUGUUGCCUGGGAAGAGGCAGCCCUGCCCCCCCCAGCUUGGACCGUGCUUUGUACUCCUUGUUGGGGUAUAAAAAAGGGGGGGGGGAGGGCUGCCAUGGAAACCGAAACAGCAUGCUCUCUGGGGAACAGGAAGAGCAUCAGCUUUCACUGCCUUCCAAUACUUGAAUAACCAUUCGUUCCUCCUCAGAUGGAGAUCCAUGAAGAGCGAUCUCAGGGGUAAUCAUCACCUGUUUUUUUUUUUUUUUUUUCUCUCUCUCUCCUCUCUCUCCUUCUAUGAGGAGCUGACGGGAAAUUGGGGCUCCUUCCACAGGAGCUGACGCUGUCUCACUCUCUCUCUCUCUCUACAUACUCCUGGCAGCUUGUAUCAAUGCUCCAAAUGCCUUAAACUAUGCAGAAAGCUAAGUGACCAAACCUGACUGUUCUCUCCUGCGGUGUACUGCUAUCUCCAAAAUGCACUGUCCAAUUACUUGCCUUCGACAGAGAGAAAAUAACCCUGAUGUCAACAUUAGUUUUAAACAAAUAGUGGUUUCUGUUUGGCAUUCCAUGUUUUGUUGUUUUUGUACAGAUUAUCGUUGUAUUUAGUUGGGUUUUUGUUAUGAAUAACAAGUGGUGCUUUUCUUACAUGGCAGAUUCCCCCCCCUUCUGUAAGACUGUUUUAAUGAACUUGUUUACAAGCUGUUGUGAUAACCAUCUUGGGGAUGGACUUGGGUGUGGAAACAACAUUUUUAUAAACUUUUUGCUGUUGUCGUUUUGAUACUUGCUCAAUGCGAUCCCGUUUUGGGUAAUAAAAUAACUUUGACGAA